AUGGAGACCUCCUUCCUCCCCACCACGCUCCCCACCGCAAAGCCCCUCCCCGCGUUUCGAACCCACAUCGGAGCAGCCUCGAUCCGUCCCCAACAGCGCCCUCGCCGCUCCACAAUACGCGCGGCAAUCACCCGGGGCCGCAAGGAGGAGACGGUGGCCACCGUCCGGGAGCAGCUGGAGGGGUGCUACCUCCUGGCGGGUAUCAAGUACGAGGGUCUGACGGUGAAGCAGCUGCAGGGAAUCCGCGACGCGCUCCCCGAGACCUGCAGCCUGCUGGUGGCGAAGAACACGCUGGUGGGGAAAGCCAUCGAGGGCACCACCUGGGAGGCGCUCAAGCCGUGCAUGAAGGGUAUGAACGCCUGGCUCUUCGUCCACACCGAGGAGGUACCCACCGCGCUCAAGCCCUACCGCGCCUUCCAGAAGGAGGAGCGCGUCGAGGAGACCAACGACUUUGUCGGGGCCGUCUUUGAGGGCAAGUUUUACGGGCCCGGCGACUUCAAGACGCUCGAGACUAUGCCCAGCCGCGCCGAGGUUUACGCCACGCUGCUCGGCGCGCUGCAAGGACCCGCUACGUCCCUCGUCGCCACAUUGCAGGCGCCGGCCAGAGAUGUCGUUGCUGUGCUCUCCGCCUACGUGCGCAAGCUCGAGGAGGAGGCUGGCGCAGCCUAG